AUGGCCAAUGUACGGUGGACUGCCAGCCGCCAAUCGGCUCUGUGCUUUGUCGCUGUACUGCUCUGUGCUGUAGUGCUGCCGAACUACACCGAAGCGUCCACUAGCAGCGUAUUUAAGGCACUGUCGAUAGGUGCCAGCACCCAGUCCGUCACGUCCAGCACGCUGUCUUGGGAGAAGUUCAGCGAGGCCGAAACGCAUCUCCAGUAUGCCGUGCGUACGUACGAACCCGAACCGCACUCGCGGGAAGCUGCCGAAAGUGAGCAGCUGCACACUCCCAACUACGUGUGUCGGGUGGAAAUUGAAGGCAUCUUCACGGGGGGUCACACGGUGACGGAAGAAUCGUCCACCAUCUGUAUCGUGGCGGCUCAACUUUCCGAGGUCGAACGGCACCAUGCGUUCGAGGUGCUCAUCAAUAUGGGCGGCGGUGGAAAGCUUAAGUGGCAACCGUGGAGUCGAUAUCAUGCCGGUAUCUUUGGCGGGGCCGUCAGCGUUGGCACGGGCAAGUUUGGCGACUAUUACAUUGCCCGCAUUCGACCGGCGCACGGUGAGGGACAGCACCAUCACCACGGUGGACACGAGUCGUAUGUGGUGGGAAACUUUGACCCAAAUGUGAAGCUUACUGGUCGUAUUAAUGCGCCCCUGCCCGGAUCCAGCAUGAGCACGGAACACGAACAUGGCGACAUCUUGGUGGAGAUCGAACCGGUCAAGUACGAAUUACGCUCCAUCAAGCUGAACAAGCUACGAACUACCAUUAAGAAGAACACUACCGUGUUAGGUUCGACUAUUCUUUCCAACACCGACGACAAGACGAGUCUUGCGGAAACCGUCAUCACGUACGAUUUCAUGAAGGAAAUCUACUGGGGCAAACAUGAAGGCGUUGUGCAGGGUUUGUUUACGAAAGUGUACGAUUCUCGAUCACAGCAAGCGUCUAAUGUGACUUGGGGCAUCCAAAGCUCUGCGCGUCAUGUCGAGACAAAAUCGGUCAACACGAUGCUGGAACCGGGAACUGCCAUCAACGUGACACUGUUUGGAAACUACACAGAGAUGGAAGCACCGUAUUCAGCCACAAUCAAGGCAUACUAUGACGACAACAGUGAUCCCGUUAGCAGACGGAUAAACACUGUCAUGGUCAGUCGAGAUAUGGAGGAUGUAAAGAUGGAGUACAGUCCAGUGUAUUGGAUCGAGAAUGGUACGCUUGUGCCAACGACGACAACCACGACGACGACCACCACCACGACGACUACAACCACCACAACCACCACCACGACGUCGACGACCGAGGCAACCACCAGCUUGCGUCCGGUUCCGAUCAACAGUACACCCGUCGAAGGUGGCACCAUGAUCGAUGAGGAUGGCAUGAGCAAUGAGAUUGGACAUGCGCCAUCCACCAGCAGAGAUCUAGACGUUAGUCGGAGCAACGAAAAGCUGGACAACAUGUCGAGCCGCAGUCGCAGUCGAAGCCCAAAUGGCGCUUCCAGCUUAAAAGAAACGGCUACCAAUCUGUACAAAAUAUUGGUGGCGGUGGUGGCAGUCGUUCUGUUGCAUCCCAAUUAA